GGUAAUCAGUCAUCAAACACAGCAGCUCACUGCAGGUCGAUACAGACACUCUUGCUGUGGUUUCUGUCACUCACAGACACAAACUCAGCUGAUACAGAGUCUGGUCAUGUAUGUCAAGUCUAUUCUGUGGAUUCUGUGGAUCUUCAUCUCUGUCCAGGAUGUGUCCCUGCAGGAAGAGUAUGAUUAUGAAGACGAAGCAUACGAGGAUCCAGGGCCUCUGAACUGUUCAACUACAGAGAGCAUCAAAGGUGGACAUGUCACCUACUCACAGGGAGGGCUGGAGGGCAGUGUGCUGACCUAUCACUGUGGCCCAGGAAAAUACCCUUUCCCAGUCAGCUACAGGCUCUGUGGUGCUGAUGGGGAGUGGUCGCUCAUGAGAUUAACCAAUGGUAGACCGGUGUCACAAGCCACAUGCAAAGAUGUGUUGUGUCCAGCUCAGCUCCAGCUGGAUCAUGGCGACUUCUGGCCAAGGGAUCAGUGGUUCCAUGUUGGGACAACGCAGAGCUUCUCCUGCCAAGAAGGGUUCACCCUGUCUGGGUCAGCCCAGAGGAACUGCACCCUCUCUGGGGUGUGGACAGGAACCACUCCUGUCUGUGACAACCAUGCUGACGACUGUAACGACCCAGGGAUCCCUGCGGGGGCCCAGAGGUCAGCAGGCCGGUUUCACACUGGAGAGAAGGUGGUCUACCGGUGUCAGGCUGGUCUGAAUCUGCUCGGGUCGGCUGAAAGGGUUUGCCUAGAGAACAGGGAGUGGAGUGGCUCAACACCACGGUGCCAGGGCCCGUACACCUUCGACUCCCCUAGUGUUGUGGCGGAAGCCAUGGCAGGGUCACUUGCAGGAGUCAUGGACGUAGUCUCACCAGAUGCCAAAAAGAAAACUGGAGUAAUAUCCUUUGGCCGGACCAUUCGUGUGUCUCAGGGCAGUCGUAUGAAUGUCUACAUUUUGCUGGACACAUCUGGAAGCAUCAAAAAGCAGGACUUUGAAAUAUCCAGGAAUGCCACCAUUGCUCUUAUCAGAAAGCUGGACAGCUACGAGGUGCAGAUGAAGUUCCAUGUGUUGUCAUUUGCCAGCGAGGCUAAAGACAUUGUAGACAUCAGAGACGCCGAUAUAAGCAGUCGUAUAGAGGACGUCAUAUGGAAUCUGGUGGACUUCGACUACCACAGCCACAAGAGUAAGACGGGCACCAACCUUCACUCUGCACUGCACCACGUCAGUGAGGUGAUCAACUUCUUCAAGCAAAACACUGCCAGGAACCAUUUUAAUGAGACCCAGAACAUCAUCAUCAUAGAAACAGACGGUUACUCCAACACAGGCAACAAGCCUCAGAUCGCUCUGGCCCAGAUCCGGCAUCUGCUGGGCUACAGCAGCACAGCCCGGGAUCACACAGAUGAGACAUUGCUAGAUGUCUAUGUAUUUGGUGUUGGGGACCAGGUGAACAAAGAUGAAUUGAACUCCUUAGCCUCACAUAAACGUGGCGAGCAACACGUCUUCAUUCUGAAAGACUUCCAAACACUGGGAGAGGUGUUCAACAGUAUCAUUAGUGACAAGAGUGUGACGAUGUGUGGGGUAGCUCAAGAACUCGUCUCCAAGGAGAAGGGCGGGGCACCAGUCUACUCCGAGCCCUGGCACGUCACUCUGAAAGCACCUGAAUGGGGGCCAAAGAAGUCGUGUUUUGGAUCCAUCGUGAGCCAGAACUGGGUGCUGACGGCUGCUCACUGCUUUGCCAGAGCGAGCACCGAGAAAAUCCCUUACCAAGUGGACAUAGAACAUGGUGGUGGUAAGGUGAGGUCCAGCUCUGUGAUCAUGCACCCGAAGUAUAACAUCAACGCUCUAAAACACAGAAACGUGUCCGAGUUCUAUGACUAUGAUGUAGCUCUGAUAAAGGUGAACAAGAGCAUCCCUCUUUCCUGGAGGGCCAGACCGAUCUGCUUGCCAUGCACUGUGCCAGCCAGUCGAGCCAUGAAAAAAAUCAACUCUACCUGUGAGGAGCACAGGAAGGAACUUCUACCACAGCUGACCACAGCUGCCUUUUUCAUGCAUAAGAACUCCCAACGCAAAGAAACACAUAUCCACACAAAGAGUCAGAGAUCUGCCUGUGUGGAGAAGGCCAGGCAAACGCUGAAAGAGCCCACAAACGUGACUUUGGAGGAGUACAUACCUGACACAUUCCUCUGCUCGGGGGGCACCUCCGGUUACCAGGAUGCUAUCACCUGCAAAGGUGACUCUGGUGGAUCCCUGUUUCUUCAAAAAAGAAAGCGCUACUUCCAGGUGGCAGUAGUUAGCUGGGGCACCACAGACGUAUGCGACCCACUCAACUCAGCUAUGAGACGGUACAGCAGCAACAGGCCGCCUCCAGACGCUCGAGACUUUCACAUCGACCUCUUCAAGAUUAUGCCGUGGCUGAAACAGCAUCUGGGUGAACAGAUCCAGUUCCUGUCUGAGAUCAACUGAGAGGAUCCAGAACUCAGACUGCGGGGGAUAAUGAUAAUGCAGAAUUCAGUAGACCUAUAGGUGAUCUCUUUUUCCACAACAUAUGGGAAUAUAUAUAACCAAUCAUUGAUAGUAAUAUAAAGUGUUUUCCUGUGCUUUGCUGACAAGUGGAAUGCCUAUGAUUUUUAUAGCUGUGGUGCAGUAAGCUUACUAAUAAAGACUUUUCAUUAUACAUUAAUCAUA